AUGGGCAGCGCUCCAGCUCAGUCCCGCUCCACUUCGACUUCACUUGGAAAUCUCGAGGUCCAAGGCUUCGUCAAUGAAAGCACGAGGGUUGCAAACUAUCUCGGCAUCCAGUAUGCUACCAUUCCAGCUAGGUUUCGCCAAUCACAGCCUGUCGACCACCUAAAUCAGUCCGGUACCCUGGACGCGACUCGUUAUGGCCCAAGAUGCCCACAGAAUUUUAGGCCCCGAGGACUCCCAAUAUACGACGGACUACAGCAGGGAGAGGUGGCCGACGACGAAUUUGGUUGUCUAAGACUCAAUGUUUUCACUCCGACCGGGCCACAAUCGAAGCCAUUGCCUGUCCUGGUCUGGAUACAUGGUGGUGGGUUUGUUUUUGGAGACGGUGGUUGGGAGUAUGACGGCAACAACCUAGUUCAACAUGCAGUCGACAUUGGUAAACCCAUUGUGUACGUUUCACUGAACUAUCGACUUGGCUACUUUGGGUUCUUAUCUUCCAAAGAGUUGAAAGAUGAAGCAAUCAAGGAUGGACAGACGCCUUAUGCCAACAUGGGUUUUUACGAUCAGAGACUUGCGUUACUCUGGGUGCAAAAGCACAUAUCAGCAUUCGGUGGCGACGCCUCCAAUGUGACCAUCGCCGGCGAAUCUGCUGGAGGACUCUCCGUCCUUGCUCAACUCCGAUCAGAUGUUCCGGUUUGCCAACGGGGAAUAAUACUCUCUAGCCCCAACCUCGACUAUCCUCGUCCUGAAGAGUCUCAAGCAACGUUCGAGAAACUCGCCACCAGCACUGGCAUUUCGAGCACUGCGUCUUCGGAAGAAAAGCUGGCAGCAUUGAGAUCAUUAACCUCCGACGAUAUCGUCAAGCUCUUGGGCCGCUCUUUUGCAACUCCACGGUGGGAUCCCGACUGGUUUGUCUAUCAAGACGGUACCACAGCUACUGCUGGACCAGCUUCUCUGGGUCCAUGGGUGAAGGGCGUGGUCACGGGCUCGACAAAAGAUGAAGCAGCCGUGUUCCUUAUCGGCAUGGGUUGGCAAGCAUGGAAAUCCGAACAGUUCAAGGAGCAAGUAACAUCGGUUGUACAAGACCAGAAAGAUGCAACUGCGUUGACGAACGCGUAUGGUAUUGAUCCGACCUCGCCUGCGGAAGUGAAUCUGAGGGGCUUGAUUGACAUGGUGACGGAUGCGAGCUUCUCAGCGCUCCCUUAUAUUGUCGCAGAGCAGUCGAGCGCAGCUCCUCCUAUCAGCCUCUACCGAUUCGACCAGCAAGAUCCAUUCUCGAAGAGUCCAUUCUAUGGCUUUGCAUUUCACUCCCUCGACAAUGCCUUCUUCUGCAGAUAUCCGGCACUCGCUGGACCCAGUGCAGCAGACGAUGUCAAAGCAACCGUCGACCUAUUCAAUGGUGCCGUCCUAGAUUUUACGUACGGAAAUCAGCCGUGGGAGACGUACAAGGAGAACCAACGGGUAAUGGUAUUCAAUGGAAAACGAAGCGGACUUGUGAAGAUCGAUGAACCGGAUCGAUGGAGGCGAGUCUUUCGAGAGCGGGGUGGAUCAAAGACUGUACGGCGGUACAAUCACAAGUUGAUGGCACUUAACCAUGACUCAUUGCCCUAG